UUUAGUCAACAAGGUUUUUAAAAAAUCUCGUACAUACCUAGGUAAUUUGUGUAUUUUCUAGGUAAUAAAAUGGAGAGAGAUCUUCACCAAUGUAGCACAAAUUUUGAUACGCUCAAGUCUAAAGUAAAAGAAUCAUUCGAACGCAUCUAUGCAUGCUUAAAAGCGAGGGAAUUGAAAAGCUUAAGACAAUUAGAUGUCAUUAGUAAACACUGCCGAGAUGACCAAAACUUAAUUAAAAACUAUCUGCAAAAUAUAAAAAUACGCUUUGACAAUGAGCCAGGCUUACUAAAAAAUAUUAGUGAAUACGGAUCGAUAGAUUUUGAAAAUCUCUGUUUGGAUAGCAGUAUUUUUAGCUUAGAAGAAUACAUCAGUCCUGAAAGCGACCAUAUGUAUUCAUACAAGGGAUUAAAAGACGAAAGGAAAGACUUCGCCAUCAAAGAAGCCGCCUUAAGAAAAAUAACGAGCACACAGAACUGCAAUUGCUGCGUUAAUAUAACUAGUAAGGAUUUUUCCAAACAAUUUUGUGAAACAGAAAAAAAUGUCACAGAUAUUACAAAAUCUGAGAAAUGUAAUAAAAUUGACUAUAGUACUUGCAAUGGUGAUGGAGAUAGUACUUGUGAAUGUAGUGAUAAGAUAUUAGAAGUAAAUAGUAAAAUAAUAGCCAACAAGGCGAAUGAAGUUGGUACAAACUUAGGGAAUAAUAGUGAUAGAAGUGAAGAUAUGGAAAUCAAGAAAAAUAAUUCCACUGAAAAUUGGUUGAAUUUGAUAAAAGGUCAGACAGAAACAGAGCCUACAGAUGGAAUGGAACACAGCAAUAUAACAUAUUCAUAACUAAAGUAAUAGUUAAGUUUAAUAUCAUGUUUUUUACACUUCAAGACUUAAGUAUCCCAUAAAGUAGUUAUAAUUAUGUCUGCAACUUACAAAAACUGAAUAAUAUACCAUAACAAAAAGUAUUAUGUACAAUAAAAGUUCAUUAAAAUACUGUAACAGUACAGAUGCUUGAUGCAGUGAAUACUGCACUGACCAGUUGUCUCAUAGAAGUUUUUGGGACCUAGUUUUUACUAUUCUUAAAUUGUUUUAAACUAUAAAGCAGUCUUAUAUUUCUUAUUUUAAUAAUUAUUAAUAUUUAUUUAUUUAUAAUUCUUUAUUAUAGGAUUGCUCAGUAAUCUAGAUAAAAUCAGAAAGAAGGGAACAAGUGGGUAAAUAAUGUGGACAGCAGUAGAAAUAAAUGAAAUGUUUUAUUAGCACUGUCAUGCUCAUCAAUGUAUAUUAUCAGCCCUAACUAUCUGGCAUCUAGUGCAACAGUAUGUGUAUACUGCACAAAGCCACUGGGCUGCCGCUGAUUAGACUCUUAUGAGUGACAAAUUUGUGCCUAACUGUGUAGAUAGAAAUCUACUACUUUAUCUAUGUUAUGAGUAAUAUAUUCAUGACUGCUCAUGUCUGGUAGAUUACUAAUGUAUCAUGGAUGGUACAAAAACCAUGCUAUCUAUAUAUAUUAUGUGUAUUUACAUUGAUGCCAUGGGUGACUGUUAUGUUUGAGCAAAUAGCUCUCCAAAUAAACAAAUGAUGUUUAUACUGAAAUAAUUAAAUAUUAGUGUACUUUUAUCAAAUGUCUGUACAGUCUAUUGGUAUAAGUUUCCUUUUUUAUUAAAUGAACAUGAAGCCUUUUAAGACUUACAUAACUAAUUAAAUUUAUUAAUAUCAACCUUUCAUGCAAAAUGUCUAUGUUAUUGAAGUGUUCACAUCCUUCUAUUGUUUAAAUGAUAUUCAUAUCAAACAGUCAUAGGUUGUCAUUCCGUUUGAU